AUGGGCAAGAAAGAAAAGGGCGGCGGCAGCGGCGCAGUCUCGCCAGACAGCGGUGGCAGUGAUGCCGGCGCGAAAUUGUUCAAGGCAAAGUGCGCAACGUGUCACACCGCCAACGACGGAGGACCAAACAAGCAGGCGCGACUCCGAAACCAGAACCGGCAGUCUGGGCAGGUGGCUGGGUUCAAAUACACGACCAUGUUUGACUACCUCGCUAAUCCGAAGAAGUACAUCAAGGGAACCAACAUGGCGUUUCCGGGCUUCAAAAAGGAGAAGGACCGAGCGGACUGCGUCGCCUACCUGAACACCUGCAAGUGA